GUGACACUCGACUGCCAACCUGGUGCACUUUCGGCUCCUUAAAGCCGGGGGGCCCUGGUGAGAGCCGGCCCUUCUCCGACGCGUGCGUGGAGGUAGAGUGGAAGGGCAAUGUGACCAAGCUUGAUGCGCAUCGCGUCAUCUUGGCCACGGGGUCCCCCUUGUGGCACCAGCAGCUAAGGGAGCGCGGCACACAAGGACUCUCCGAGCCACAGGCACUGCAGGUGGAGUGCCCCAGCGUGGAG